UACAUCACGUGACGCACAUAACAACCCAGUAUUUCUCGCUCUAUAUUGACGGUAACCAGCUUGGAAAGGGCAAACAUCGGGCCAAAAAACGCCAAAUACUCCCACAUUCCACCGGUGGGAAUUCCUGACAACUUGGGACUUAUCUAACAGUAGUAUCAGGACUUGGAAUCUCAAGAAAGAGCCAAGAAAGGCGCCAAAAUGAGCCACGCAGAGCCAGGGCCUCUGGCGGCCUAUAACAGUCUACAGGAUCCCCAUUUGACUGGGUACUUCAACAAUACACGCAUGCGGAAACAUCUCAAAAAGUCGGGCUUGGUGAACCGUCAGGGAGAAAUCAUCACGGAACAAACGUACCGACUGAACAUGGCGCGGAGGGAACACAAGCGACACGUCCGUGAACUUCUGGCACAAGCCAUCGUACACAAGACUCUGGACAUGGAGAGGGCGCGGCAGGUGGAGAUCAAGAAGAAGCUGGAGGAGAUUUCUAAGAUCGAGCGCGUCCAGAGAAUCAGGACGGAGCGUGGUCGUCGUGGUGACGAGGACAUCAUCCCGUACCUCUCCCCGCGGGGGUCGCGACCUCACUCCGCAGAGGACUACCCCAACCCCCGCCUCUACUCCAACGGCACACGGCCCAAAACUGCACCACAGUUCCCUAAGGGACAUCGCAGAAGGAAACAAGAUGGACCGCCGGUGUAUUUUGACGAGGAUGGGAUGCCGUUGUUACCACCGCAGGCUCGGCGAGCGGAGGAACCGCGGGAAAGCGUGGACUCACACUAUCUCUACCAGGUGGACCCAGCGGCCCUACGAACCUUCACCAACAACAUGGGGAACAUGGACCUGGGAGGGGGGGUCUCCCCCUACACCCUCCCUGUGGUCGACCCCAGCAUGCUGGAGGGGGGGUCCCCCCACACCACCCCUCGGAAACCCCCCAGACAGAGGACCCGCAGUGGGGGUAAUGGGUCCUCGGGGGGCAGCACCUACCGGGGUAGGAGGUUAAAGCCACCCUCAAACAAGGUAAGGGCUGGGUGUCAUACGUCCUUCACGUUCAUCUCGCGCCGUCACCGUGGUUACCCGUUCAGCCUGACGUUCUACCUGAACGGCCUGCAGGACAUCCGGCUCAGCGCCUGCUGCGAGUACAAGCACAAGAAGGGCCGCAAACUGGGCAGCAAGCUCGGCCACUUCGAACUGGUCAACAUCACAGGGGCUGCUCCAUGCUACAGGUGUCAGGCAGCUGAAGGUGUACCGCGUCAGCCACGACCUCCAAAAGGGAAGAAGAAGAGCAAGGAAGAGACAGCCCCUGAAAAACAGGGACACAGUGACAGAAAGCUGACGUUUGACCUUCAGAGUGCAGCUUCCCACACAAGCACAGAGAAAACAGAGGGAAGCAGAAAGCAACCAAAUGCCAUAGAUCAGAGCCAAAAGUCAACAUCUGUAGAUCAAAGUGUCAAACCAGCCGAGUCUAAACCUCCUGAACCAAUGGAAGCAGUCCAGAGUCCGACCCCAAGGGAGGAGAAGCAAAGCACUAUGGGAUCAGAGAAGCAAAGCAUUGUGGGAGAAGACACUCAGAGCAUGAUGGGAAGGGAGAGUUCCAGUGAUGUUGGUGGCCAUUCAAUCCCAGAAGAACUUGCAACUGAGCCCAAACGUCCGUCCUCUGGAAGAAGUCAGUCAGUAGUGGAGGUCGAAGUGCAUCAUGGUAACGAAGCACAAAGCAUGAUGGGAGAAGAUGCGGAAAGCAUUGUCGAGGUUGAAGAAAUCCGAAACCCUGAGGAAGAGAAAAGUUCAAACGAAGCUUCCGUCAUCGAUGAAAUUAUAGCAGAUGGCAUCGAGGUCGCUGAGGAUGGUUUCCAUAGUGAUGGUUUCCAUAGCGAUGGCCCCACCCCAACAGAACAGCCAGCUGAUGAUGAUGAUGAUGAUACAAAGAUGGACAUCGAAGAUGAGGUUAAAGAAACAGCAGAAGAGAAAACUGAAGAGACUGAUAAUUACGAGGAAGACUUUGAAGAAGAAGGAGAGACAGAAAAGGAAAGUGAAGAGUCUGGAGAGAGUUCUAAGAAAGAAGAUGAAGCUAAGGAUCAGCAGUACACCCCGCCGGAGUCUGAAGACGAGGAAAUCGCAGAGGAGGAAGGAAAAGAUGCAGAAGAUGAAAUUAUGGAGGAGGAGGAGGGAUCCAAGGAAGAAGUAGUAGAGGAGGAGCUGAAGGAGGAAAUUAAGCAGGAGGAGGAGGUCGCAGAGGUCGAGGUGGAGGAGGAGGUUCCCAUGGAAACGGACCAAGGGAGUAAGACUGAGAGAAGGUCAUCAUCAUCAUCAUCAAGCUCAUCAUCAUCAUCUUCUUCAGAUUCUGACUCUGAAAUCGAGGAUGAAGUUGACAAACCAGCGGAGAAAACCGAAUCCGUCCAAGAAGAGGUCGUAGAAGAGAUUCCACCAGAGGAAGUCGCAAAAGCAAGUUCCUCAGAAGCAGAGAGCGUCCCCGAAAGCGUUGAGCUCGAGAAGGCCGAGAGCGUGAAGACAGAAAGCAUGCAGUCGGAAAAAGCGGAAAGCGUUCGGUCCGAAAAGCCAGAAAGCCAGGAAGACAAAGCAGAGAGUGUGCACACAGAGAAGACAGAGAGUGAAGAGGAGAAAGCGGAAAGUGUCGCAUCAGAAAAAGAGAGCGGAAAAUCCGAUAGCGACAAGUCGGAAAAAGCAGAGAGCGUGAAGUCAGAGAAAUCUGCGGAAGACAAAGACGACAACGCGUCACAAAAAUCUGAAUCUGUGGCCGAGAAUACGGAGCCAGAAGUCCCGAAAGCAGACUCUGAGAAGGACAAACCCGAAUCUGUGGCUGACAAAUCAGAGGCUGGAGAAUCCGAGAAGGCAGAGUCGGAAGCAAGCGAGAAAAAGGAUGGUCGAGGGAUGUAUGACGGAGCAGAGUCACAGACAAGUACAGAAAAAGCCGAGAGUGAAAAGGAUGAGGAGACUGGUGGGUCCACUAAAGAGAGUAUAACAGAAGCCAUCGCCGAGGCAACCAAGGAAACUUCCCACCAAUCAGAGGUGGAGCUGAGCGAUGAUGAUGAUGAGUCUGACAAUGAGGACUCUGGGAAGGAGAGUGAGAAGGAGGAGGAGAGUCCCGGGAAGGAGAGUGAGGCUGAGUCAGGCCAAGGGGACAGCAAAGAGGCUGAUGCCACAGCUGAAGAGAAGGAUGAGGUGCAAAGUCAGCCGGAGUCGGCGCGGAGUGUCGAGCUGACGGAUCCUCUCGCUCCAUUGGUCGAGAACAAGACAGAGGCCGACCUAUCAGGGUACAGGCUGGACCAAGAACAGGUUGAUGAGCUGGUGUCCCUGAUGGAGAAAAGUGACAUGCUGUCCUCCCUCGUCAUGAGGAAUGGUUCGGUCGACGAUGCCAACGCUCAGAAACUCUGUGAUGCCGUCAAGAAGUCCCCAGCCUCUAUUAAGAUGCUGAACUUCAACCUGAACAAAGUUGGUCCUGAGGGAGCAGCUUCUGUUGUGGACACCCUGAGGACUAAACCUUCCAUAGAGGUUCUACUCCUCCAUGGUAACCCCCUUGGUGAUGAGGGUGUGACGACUAUCGCAGAUGGCCUCAUCUCCAUCUAUGACUCGUCCAAGGCAGACCAAUCAGAGCCUGCCACAUCACCACAACCUGACCAACCAGAGCCUGCCACAUCAGAAAAGUCUGACCAACCAGAACCUGCCACAUCAGAAAAGUCUGACCAACCAGAGGCUGCCACAUCAGAGCAGCCUGACCAACCAGAGCCUGCAACAUCAGAGCAGCCUGACCAACCAGAAACUGCCGCAUCAGAAAAGUCUGACCAACCAGAGGACACUGGCGCUGACAAAAAAGAAGAGGAAGAAAAAGAGCCAGAAGGCGGAGAGAAGGAGGGAAAGAAGGAAGAGGAAAAGGAUGAGAAUCCAAGUGAUGCUGAAGAGGAGAAAGAUGACAAAUCAACAUCAGAAUCUGCAUCUCCAGAAGAACAGAAAACAGAGGAAGCAAAAGAAGAAGAAAAAGACGAAAAUCCGAGUGAUGACGAGGAAGAUGAAGAUGAGGAUGAUUCUUCUUCUGAGGAUGCUGGGAAAUCUGAGGGUCAAGAUGAGGGGAAAGUUGAAGGGUCAAAGGGCAAAGCACCAUACAUCCUGCAGCAGCUUGACCUUGGAGACUGCGGCUUUGGCGACAGCGGAGCGGAAAGUUUGUCUCGUCUUCUCGAACACGAUUGCGGCCCGCGGGUUCUGAUGCUGACUGGCAACAAGGGCAUUUCUGCGGACGGCUGGAAGAAGAUCGCCAGCGCGCUGAAGAGCAACACGACGGUUAAGGCUCUCCAUCUUGAUUACUGCGAGAUGACGAACAUCGAAGCGUCCAUGUUGGUGGAAGGUUUGUCUGAAAACAAGACGCUGCAGACCGUGGACUUGGAAGGGAACAACAUCGGGUUUGGAGGCGGGCGGAAGCUGGUACAGAUGUUGGAAAAGAACAGCUCGAUUCUGGAGAUGAAGCUACACGAGGGAAACAGCGGCAUGGGAGACGGGCUUAAGGAAGAAAUCCAAGAAGUCUUAGAGAAGAGGGCAUCUUAGUGCAAGCAAUGAAACGGUCCAAAAACUUUUCCCAAAUAUAAGGCAAUAUUUGUCUUUUUUUCUGUCAUAAGGGCUUUAAAACAGCAGAAGAAUGUAUUUUUUGAUUUCUUAUCAUUUUGUAGCUGUCUCAGCAAUGUGCUUCGUAAAGUCUAGGUGUAGAAACUUUUGAAUACAAAAUGACUUGUAACUAUUGAAAUGAGGAGCUUGUGUUUUAUGCUUGAAUUGGGUGUGUUUUUUAUGCUUGAAGAUCAGUUUGCAAGCCUGUAUAUAACUUACCAAAUCUUGACUACUGACAAAAAUGAAGUCCGUGGAAAGGUGUAUAGAUUUUGUUUGAUUCAAAAUUGGUGUGAUACAAGUAGAGAAAAUUAACAGAAGCAAUAAGACGGUUGAUUAAAGAAGCAAGAGUAAUUCAAUACAUAUCUAAUAAAGUUUGUUUAGCAAUGAUUAGGGCUUUGUCCCUAGUAGCAAUGUUAAAAACAAGUGCUUCCAAGUUAACUAAAUGAUCAAGAAUCAAGUGUAUGGUUUUAGCAUAUCUUAGGAAUAGUUUCUAGUGUGUUGCUGGCUUCCUAACUAAGACUAUGCCUACAAUAUUAGCUGUUACAUGUAUUUCGUUGCUUUUCAGAAAAUAUUACUUAUUUGUUCCUUUUUUUUAUACAAAUGUUUGUCAAUGAGCAAAAUGCAAUGUGUUUGGAGAUAUACAUGACAUCUUUGUGGACUGCAGAAUGUAUGGGGUUUUUCAGAGCCAACGUUUUGAGGUGAUGCAUUGUGCGUAAUAAUUCAAAGAUGAAGGCCACAAAGACAUAAGGAAAAUGUGUCUAGAUAUUAACAAACUUUUAUUUUGUACUAGACAAAAACUGCUUACAACCUAGGAAGCUUGAACCAGGUUAUUUUCUGCUUAUUUUGUAGGUUUGAAACCUUGAUUGUACUUGAUUCACUAAAUACCUCAGGCUUUUUGUAAUUUGAAAAGGGAAAUUCAAUGUGGAAACAUGCAUAGUAGUUGUUUUUCUGGCAAGCUUUUAAAGAGUGUGUACAUAUUACAAUUAGUUAUAUUCUACUUUCUAAUGAAAGUUGUAGAGCCAAGCACCGCAUUUUGCACAUUUUGCAUUAUCAAAAAAGGUGAGAAUAUGAUCUGCAUUGAAAGCAAAAUAUUUAAUUGACUACCACACUUUGCUAUUUUCAGCUUCGAAAAUGUGAACCUAAAGUUCAUGAUCACAACCACAAGUUCAUUGUUCCUGUAGCAUGAUAAUGGCAUUGUGUAUUCAUAUCAUGAUCAUUGCUUUUUGUGUGGUUAUGUUUCAGCAGGUUCUAUCUUUGGUAUUAAAGGUAGCUUCU